AUGUCACACGGCCUCAUGGAGAUAACUCGUCAUCCAAGUGAGACAAGGGAGGUGAAGCGAACCCUGUUGACGCUGAAAAGGCCAACGGCAUGUUUGCAACAAUCGUUGUCGUCCUCUUAUAGCCUCUUAUCUCCUCUCAAAGGCGGCGCCGCACACCUUUUGCAUGGCGGCAUCUCGACCAUCAAACCUAUCACCUCGGGCUUCCGCCUUGCGCUCUCGCACAACCUCGUGGACACGAACCAGGCGCUGCGCCCUGCGCUCUCGACAAACGCAUGGGUCGUGGACGAACUGCGCCGCCUGUGCCGCCUGUGGAACGUCGACGAGGGCACAUACGCGCCCGAGAGGCUCGUGUACCCGCUAGAUCACAAGUACUCGCGCGCAAACCUGAAUGCGGUCUCGAGCUCGCCCACGCUGCGUGCGACCUUGUAG